AUGUCUCAUUUGAAAGAUAAGUUAAACAAAACAUUGGAAAAAUGCAAAGACAAUAUCAAAAGUGCUAUGAAUCAAAGGCGCAGUUACGACGUCACAAACAGAAAACAAUCUGGUCCGAGUGGAAGCCAUUCAAGAUUUUGGAAGAGAGGUGAGGAAAUAUCACUACCAGAAUUAACUUCCGAAAAAAGAAACCAACCACCGAACGAAACAAAUCAAAGAAUGUUCUCGUCCAAUACUGAGAUGGAAAGAUGCGGCCUAGCAAGUCACAGAUAUUUUCAAGAUUUUACAGAGAGGACGCAACAUUCUUUAAAUAAUGAAAAUUCGAGCAACAGAAAAAAAUCUAGAAAAUACAGUUUUGAUUUUGCUCACAGUGGGCUGCCUGAUCCCAAUCAAUCAAACUCUUGGAAAAAAAUUGAUGGAUCGCCUUUGUCUUAUUUGAACGAAAUCCUAAUUAGCGAAACUAAUCGUGAAACAAAACAUCAGGCCGUUACGUUCAGUUUGAAUACGUCACAGCUUGAAAACUACACAUCAAGAAAUGUGGACACCGAAAACACUUCUGUCAAUUCUCUUAAGAAAACGAUUAAAAGACCAAGAGUAUCACAGAUGUCAAACAGUAUAUUAGGAUUUAAAAAAAUGAUUGUGGUGUUUAAUAAGAACACAACAGCAGAAGAAAACACUUUUGUGAAUUUGAACAAGUCACGUUGUUCAAGAAGACACUCAGUGAACUUAGUACCGACAAUUCUGUCAAAUUCGGUUAAGUCCUGUUGUGCACGAAAAAACAUGAUACUGAGCAUGAAACUGUCACUUUAUGGCUCCCCUAAAAAAUCAAAAAAUCUAGAAAUUUUGAAAAGUGAUGAAAUAUUAGAUGAGAUUUGGGUUUUGAUUCUCAAAAUGAGACAAGAGAAAUGA